AUGAUCACAUCGCUCGUCUUCUUAAACACGAUAUUUUCACUGUGCUCCCAGGCAUUAGCAGCUAAAAUCAGCAUCACCAGCGCUCAGGGCCUUCUCUCGUCCAUAUCUGAAAGAGACGGAGAGAACAGUCUAUCUUACAUAAUUAUCUAUUUAUUUAUUUAUUUAUUUAUUUUUUUUUUUCGUCAGACGGCUGCAUUGUGGAGUGACACAUCUAGGACCAACCCACACCACCGCCAGCGCCGAGUCCGCGCAGGAGCCCUUCUACGCGGCCUGCGUAACGCCGACGACAACUGCACAAUCGACCCCAGACUGACACUCGUUCAACACAACUUCUGCACAGAUUUUCUAUUUAAUCGGCCGACUCAAAAGGUGUUGCUCCUCGCAAUCGCAGCUUCGUUGGCAGCUCCUCCUCAUUAUCAGGCGCUUGUUCAGUCCAUUGAUUACCAAGACAUUGCAGGUGAGAUCCGGCACCUCCUUCAGCAAAUGGUACACUCAGGCCUCCCUUCCAUCUUUCCUAUUCGCCUCGUCUUGAGGGAUUCCUUCCUCUGUGGGGGCAGGUUCAACUCAUGUGGCCUGCGCCCCCACAACAAUGCUAGCAUCUUCUCCGCUGACAAUCGGCCGAAAAAUGACCAACCACUACACACGUCCAACAUCUCAGAGGUCUUGCUCGGACUGGGGUCACCCUGCCUCCUACUCCUUCACGGGUGA